CAGAAAUGUAAUAGCAACCUUGCGUACGCACAUAAACUUUUUUCUUUUAUUGGAAAAAAUCGAAUAAGUGAGCAAGAAGUUGCAUCUUUCACAUUGACAUCGAAAACACAAUCAAAGCUGGAACUUUGAUACCAACAAAACAAACAGUGUUGCUCUACUCCUUACUCUUGCUGCGAUUCUUUGGUCAUAAAAUCAAACAAGUCUCACUUUUCUACAUGAAUAUUGAAAAUAUUAUAUAUGCAGAGAUUCAGUGCAAAAUUGGAAAUUGUAAUUGAAGCAACAAAUUAGAUUGCGCCCUAUAAUACUACCGAGCGAAUCUAUCAACAAUAAAGUGUGAAUAGUUAGUGAAGUCGUUGUCGCUGUUGUGCGGUGGUUUGAUAACUAAUUUCGUAAUAUAUAAAUAAAAAUAUCACAGAAGAAAAAAAUUGCAAAAAAAGAAACAAUAAUAAAGCUAUAAGUGGUUUUAAGUAAAAAAAAAAAAAGAAAACGUAAAGUGAUAUAUAAAAUUAAAUAACUGCAAUUGUGCACUUGUCUUAAAUCCUCAAGGAGUCGUUAAAAACACAAACAAUCAUCAUGACUAUGGCUGGGCAAACAAUUAAUGACAGGCUGUUAGCUGCUAGGCACAGUCUGGCUGGUCAAGGUUUAGCAAAGUCUGUAUGCAAGGCCACAACAGAAGAGUGCAUUGGACCGAAGAAGAAACAUUUGGAUUAUUUGGUGCAUUGCACGAAUGAACCCAACGUCUCGAUACCGCAUUUGGCGAAUUUACUUAUCGAACGUUCUCAAAACGCCAAUUGGGUGGUGGUCUACAAGUCGCUGAUAACGACCCAUCAUUUGAUGGCAUAUGGAAAUGAGCGUUUCAUGCAGUAUUUAGCUUCGAGUAACUCAACAUUUAACCUCAGCAAUUUUUUGGACAAGGGAGGUGUGCAAGAUGGUGGAAUGGGUGGUAUGCCUGGCCGUAUGGGUUAUGACAUGUCACCAUUUAUACGACGCUAUGCUAAAUAUUUAAAUGAGAAGUCACUAUCUUAUCGUGCCAUGGCGUUUGAUUUUUGCAAAGUUAAGAGGGGAAAAGACGAGGGUUCUUUACGUACAAUGCAUGCAGAUAAAUUAUUAAAAACGUUACCAGUAUUGCAGGCGCAAUUGGAUGCGCUAUUGGAGUUUGACUGUCAAGCAAAUGACUUAACAAAUGGUGUUAUUAACAUGAGUUUCAUGUUGCUAUUCCGAGAUCUCAUACGUUUAUUUGCUUGCUAUAAUGACGGUAUUAUCAACCUGUUGGAGAAAUAUUUUGACAUGAAUAAAAAACAGGCGCGAGAUGCUUUGGAUUUAUACAAGAAGUUCUUAGUUCGUAUGGACCGUGUUGGGGAAUUCCUAAAAGUCGCUGAGAAUGUUGGCAUAGAUAAAGGUGAUAUACCAGAUUUAACAAAGGCACCUAGUUCUUUAUUGGAUGCACUUGAGCAACAUUUAGCUACUUUGGAAGGACGCAAGGUGUCUGCUGCAAAUACACCAACCCAAUCAGCUAGUGAAUUGAACGUUGCACCAAAUCCUGGUAGCAACCAAAAAAACGUAAAAUCCGCUGUCUCUGCCCUAUCUUCUACUAGCUCAUCGUUCGGUACAGCUGCCGCAUCCAGCAAAUUCGAUACCACCAAUGGCAUUGAUGAGCAAUUAAAAGCUCAAAUAUUAGCCGAGGAAGAAGCUGCGAUGAACCAGUACAAAUCAAAGGUUUCUUCACCAACAAAUAGUGCAUCUGGAGCUGGUGCUGCAUUAACAAAUCCAUUCUUAUCGUCACCAACAGCUAGUGGUGCUGCUGCUCCGAUAGUUGAUUUGUUUGGUGCAGCCCCAGCACAGUCUGCAUCUGCUGCUACAGCAGCUGGUAAAGCAUCUGAUGAUUUAUUACAAUUGGGCAAUCCAUUCGCUGAUAUGUUUGAUGCGCCAUUGACAGGUGCAGCCCCAGUUGCAACAGGUGCUCACAAUACAAAUAAUAUAUGGAUGAAUAACAAUGGUUUUAAUGGUGCACCUGUUCCUUCAGCAGCUGCUAAUGCUUUUGUUUCGGAUAGUAAUUUCUCAUCUGUUUUUGGUAAUACAGAACCAGCUGCAACAACUAGUGCAACUGUGUUACCAAAUCCCUUCUUCGACUCAAUGGGACCGCAAAGUUUGAACUUUCCAACAGUGAGCAAUUCGCAAUUAAAUUCAGUUGCUGCUGAUCCAUAUUCGUCACUCAACUCUGCCGUAGCAACAAAUAACGUAACACAAGUCUCAGCCCAGUCAUUGUUCAUGAAUGAAAAUUUUAAUGCUGCGGCAACAGCAGCAGCGGCAACAAAUCAACCUAAUCAAUAUCCACCAGGCUUCGAUGCAUUGGGUGAUGUUUUGAAACCCGGCAUCUCAAAUCAAGCAGCAAAUCAAACAAAUGUUGUCACUUCAGGUACAGGAAUCAGUACGCAGCAACAGCAAAAUCAACCACAACAGCCGCCAGCGCAAACUGGUAAAAUCCUAACCGGCGACUUGGAUAGUUCACUAAUGUCACUCGUAGACAAUCUUAAUAUUAAUAAAAGCAGCACCACGAAACCUGUUCAAUGGAAUUCACCUAAAAAUACAGCGAAGCCAGGUGCUAAUUGGACUCCACAACCAAUGGCGGCUACAACUGGUGCUGGCUAUCGUCCAAUGGCACAUGGCAUGACAGUAAGUCCUGCGCCAAUCACUAUAAAUCAUCCGUAUAUACACGCUAGUUAUCCUGUUAUUCCAAAUUAUAUGCAGCAGCAAGGAAUGCCGGUGAUGGGAGCACCAAUGAUGGGUCAAGCCCCUUUGACUGGCGUACAACCGACGAUGGCACCAAUGAUGACAGCGCCAACAAUGCACAGUAGUCCCGCCAUGACAAUGCAAACAACAACUCAUAUGCAAGGUAUGCAACCGAACGGUGCCAAUAAAAAUGUACCAUUAGAUCCAUUCGGUGCGUUAUAAAUCAAUAUUUGAUUGGGCUUCUUCAAAAAUAGAGUGCAAAGUUACACAAUGUGAAAGAUUACAACUACAACUAUGAGUUAUAUUAUUUUAAACAAUUUAUUUUAAUUGUUUGCAUAAAA